AGGUAACUCAAUUUCAACUUUCAACCCAGGUCAACCAACAAUCUCAACAUUAACGCUACCAUACCUCUCUUCCACCGUAAAUCCGAAAUACAUUUUUGUUAUGCUCAAAAUGUCCAUGAUAACUAUCUCCAGCUUGCAGCGCAUCACAGCGUCAAAGCUAGCUGAGCUGCUACUUGCCAGCGCGAACCCACCGUCCUCGGAUGCAACAAUAGCCAUCGUGGACGUACGAGAUGACGACCAUAUAGGCGGGCAUAUAAAGUCAUCCCUGCAUUUUCCUAGCCGCAGCCUUGACGCCACCAUGCCCACUCUACUGCGCAAGCUCGCCGACAAGGACAUAGUCGUUUUCCAUUGCGCUCUGAGUCAGCAGCGCGGUCCUAGUGCUGCUCUCAGAUACCUCAGAGAGAAAGAAGCAGCAAAUGCCGCCGCCGCUGCGGUAAAAGCGGCCGCUGAGAAGAAGGAAGCUGAGACGGAGGGUAGUGCGGCCAAGCAGCAGCAAGUCUACGUCUUAGAUAGAGGCUUCGUCGGCUGGCAGGAAGUCUACGGCCCUGACGAGCGUCUCACGGAGGCAUAUAGAAAGGAGUUGUGGGAAAAUGGAUAUUAGACAAAACAGAAAGAAAGAAAACCACAGCAGGUAGGAAACCGUAACUUUAGAGACGAGAAUCCCAGCCAAAUUGGGCCAAGAAGCAUACCUAACCUACCCUGGUAUUUUGGUGAGUGUGGUUAUGGAUUAUAUUCGAAGGGGGUCCCUAUUCUCGCCUAGGUACAAUACUCGGUACGACCAAAUCGUAUCCCAAGCAUCCAGACAAAGACAUGGCAAUUCUAUUAUAGAUUAAAUAUAGUUUAUCUAGCUACCUAUUUUAGCUUCAAAUCCGUGCUUGUUAGCUUUCUCGGAUAGGUAUUAUCCCAGCCCAGAACUCGGGCUCUUUACUGAGACUGGGCUUUUGAGCGUCG